CUGGGCCCCGGGUGACGUCGGCAUUUCGCGCUCGCAACUGGUGCCGAGGGAGCGGGCUUUCGGGUGAAAAUCAGGUUUAAUAUCGCUGGCAUAUGUCGUGAAAUGUGUUGUUUCUGUGACAAUAGAAGUUGUACGGAUGGAGCAUUCAGCCAAACUAGAAAAAAUUAAGCGAUCUAUCUGCUACCAAAUGAUAAUAAUUGACAAUUAUCAAAAGGCCAUUACCAAUGAUGUGGUACAGCUGUUGGAAUGGGUCAGAGUGAAUAUUCAGAACAUUCCCAUAAUUGAUGAAGAUUUUUGGGACAAUUAUGAAGCUCUCUAUGAUCAACUAAUUCAACUGCACAGGUCAAGCAAGGAAUUAUACAAAAUGCUGCAAAAAACCAAAGCAGGUUUUAAGUUUCAACUAGGAAUGGUCAGGAAUGGGUCACAGAUGCCAAAGGAUGAACUUCUAUCUAUUAGAGAUCUUUCAUCUGUUUCUAAAAAUUACCUUGAUGGUGAUAAGUCUAUUGGAGCUUCAAGUCUUAUGAAAAUUAUGAGCAUGUAUGCUGGUGAAGGAUUCAGCAGCUGUAAUACAGAGCAUGAUCUAUCCAGGAGGAACAUUUCCCAGUUAAAUGGUCCUUGUGAUGAAUGCAUCACGUCAAAAUGUAAACCGUACAAAUUACAAGAGGAUCUAGUAAUGAAACUUGCCAGUGAUUGCUGCCCUUUUCCCAAAAGUCAGCCAUUAGGAGCUGAUCAGUCUGUAGCAAUCGUAUCAUCGGAUGUAUACAGUGACACUGGAAUCACAAAAGCAGAUGAUAACUUAACUUUUGAAGACACUAAGUUCAGCCAGGUAGAAGUGUGGAAAGAAGAUCCACAUAGGUUUACUAGCAAAUGUGAGUCCUCAAAUAGAAAGCAAAUAUAUGUGGCUCAGUCAGAAAAUGAAGUUUGGGACAUCUUUGAAAUGACUGCAUCAGGCACUAUUACAACUGGUUUUGCAGAGUCUGAUAAGAGAAGGACUUGUGGUCAAGUUCUGGUUUCAAUGCUAGAUGCCACUUCCUCUCCGAAUCUUUUGAGUAAGGCUGAUAUUUCACAGCAAUUGAAUUCAUUUGACCAAAUGUCAUCUAUAAGAAACAAUGUAUUAUCUCCUCAGCAAUAUGUAAGUCCUUACAGAAGUGUGCCACCACUAAAUAACAGUCAGCUUCCAUAUCCACAUGUUGAAAGUCAUAGAGAGUUACCAAUAGCUAGAAAAAUUCAAGAGUUCCAAUAUCUUCGAUGGCAGGAGAUAGAAGUAAGGAUCAGUUAUGUAAUUGACCCUCAUCAUUUUUAUAUACAGCAUGUUGGUCAGGAGCUACUGGAAUUGAUGAGAGAAUUAAACUUUGAAUGUUCUAGGAGCUGUGCUACAAUGGACUGUGUCCCUUUAAUAAGUUCCUAUGUAUGUGCCUGGCUCCCCAAUAACAAACAAUGGUACAGAGCUUGUAUUAUCAGGAUUGUGGGAUCUGGAGCAACAAUCACAAAUGAUAAGCAUCAGCACAUUUCAGUGGAAGUACUUUGUGUAGAUUAUGGAUUAACUGCUUCUGUUUCAAUUAGCCAUUUAAAAGUUUUACCCGCAACAUUUUAUGCCCUUCCUCAGCAAGCAUUACGUGUGUCAUUAGCAAAUAUUUCUCCAGCACAUGGUUAUACCUGGACCAAAUCAGAAAUCAACUGUUUCAAGAAGCUUGUGAAAAACAAAACCUUCUUUGCAAGACUUUACCAGAAGUGCAGCAUUAUGACAGUGGUGCUCUUCAGCGAAAGGGGGAAUAUCGGGAUCAUGAGAAGAGGAUCUAGUCUUUCCCAAAAGAUGGCAGCAGCUAGCUGUGCAGGAUACUUGAACAGUAAUUGGACUUCAUUGAACGUUCGACCAUAUAUUCCUCUGCAGUGGAAACAACGCAUUCUAAAAUUUAUCUUUGAAGGAUCUAAUUUGAGGAAAUGGGAGAUGAACUGGCCAGUUUUCUACACUGUCCUGGUAGGGGUGAACAAGCACUCGACGGGGAUCGGGCGGAUCUGGCUGUCUGUUCUCUUCAUUUUCAGGAUCAUGGUGCUGGUCGUGGCCGCGGAGAGCGUCUGGGGCGAUGAAAAGACAGGCUUCACGUGCAACACACAGCAGCCGGGUUGCAACAGUGUCUGCUACGAUCAGUUUUUCCCAAUCUCUCACAUCAGGCUUUGGGCCCUGCAGCUGAUAUUGGUGUCCACUCCCGCCCUUCUGGUGGCCAUGCACGUUGCCCACAAGCAUCAUGUGGAAAAGAAGAUCUUCAGGGUCAAGCAGCUCACCGGAGAAGUUGGGGACAUGGACAUUGAAAAAGUGACUAAGCGCAGAAUGCACAUCACUGGGUCUCUCUGGUGGACCUACGUCAUCAGUAUCAUCUUCAGGGUGAUUUUCGAAGUUGCCUUCCUAUACAUCUUCUAUCUAAUCUACCCGGGCUUCAGGAUGAUCCGCCUGGUCAAGUGCGACGCCUUCCCUUGCCCCAAUACGGUGGAUUGUUUUGUGUCCAGACCCACCGAGAAGACGAUCUUCACCAUCUUCAUGCUGGCUGUGUCGGGCGUUUGCGUGCUUCUGAACAUAGCAGAGGUGGGCUACUUGAUCAUCAAGGCCUGUGUGAGACAGUGUCAGAACAAAGAAAGGAGAUCCAGUAGAAGCGCAUUUUACGGGCGUAAGUUUCCACAAUCCAGACAGAAUGAAAUUCGUGAGUUGCUGUCAAAUCAUGAUGCUGCCUUUCUGAAAAACAAUAAAAUGAACGCUGUUCGCAAAAGUUCUAAUAAAGACUCUUGUAGAACCGCUUGA